AUGCCGGAAGUUGAAAGUUUAGUUUAUUCAAAUGAAGAUAGUGGACAGAAUGAUGGAACUUUGGGGUAUCAUGAGGUUUGCCAUCUUCUCUAUUCCAAAAACAAGCAUCAACAAUUACAUUAUGACAACAGAUCUGAAACAACUUCAUUAAUAAUAGAGGACCAGUGGUAUUCCUUUAACGAGCCAGAACAUGUCGCUUUUAUUCAUAAACUCGAUUGGAUUUCAAAUCAUGAGUUUGGGGGUAUUGGGCUUUUCAGUAUUCAAGGAGACGACCCUUUAAACAACUGCACAAGAGGUCUUCUUCCUUUACAUAGAACAGUUGGUGAUCGCUUCAAAUGCCGUCGUGGGACAAAACGGGGGAAUUUGGAACAGCUUGGAGAAUGCACUCGUCUCUGCUUUCUCGAUUUAGAAGAAAGCAGAAAUUCCUUCGAGUUUGAACAACUUCAACCUGGCUGGUGUUCUCAUAUGGUAAUAGGACAAGCAUCAGUAAAUCCCUAUGUUUAUUCUGGCCCAAGUAAAGGAAUGAAUCUUGCUCUUAAAUUGUAUAAUGAUUGGGAACGUGAACGGAAACCUUUUUUGUAUGUGUCUAAGUUAAUAGAAUUUGAAAUCAGAAUUAAUAGAAAUGAAUAUGAAAUCGUAAAAACUUGGAAAAAAUAA